GCUUGGAAAAUUGGCUUUCCAGUUUUCUCCAGAAAAGUCUUCCGCAGAGGGACUAAAAAUGUUCCUCUUGACCAUUCAAUUGAGUUGAGGAGUUAAAAGUGACUACACCGAAUUUUUUCCUCCUCAUCUUGGCUCCUCCGUGGAAUCCUACAUUAGGAAGAGGGAUUUGUGUUGAAAAUUCGUGGACUUUUGUGUUUCUUCCUUCUCCUUUCUUUCCUUCCUCCCUCGCACCUUGUUCUUCCAAACACACUGACUUUUUCAAACUAUCCACCCUUUUUGCGGGAUUUUUCCUUAAAGGAACGCAUCACUGACUUCCUCCACGCAAAGAUUUCCUGCGUGAUCCCCUCAUCCCUGUGUGUCCUGUGUGUUGUGGCUUCUUAGAGAGGCUGUAAAGUGGGUGUCGCGGUAGUUAACGUGUGUGCGUUAGAUGGCCUUAAAUACGAGCCCCGCAACUGCUGGGGGUGCUUCAUCGCAUCGGGGUGGAAUUGAAAUGGUGCCUUUGAAUAAGCAGAAUAGCCAAACUUCCAUGUCAUCCAAACAAUCCAAGCGUCCACCAACAAAAAAGCUUCAAUUCUCCACACCAGAAUGCAGUGUUACCCCAAUCUCCGCCAUCCCAGGGAAUCGUAUGCUGCUUCCAGGGAGGAAGAGAGAGGAAGCAAUAGUGAUGGCGAAUUUGCGAAAGAGAGUGGCUGCUUGUGAUCUGACACGAAGACGUCUUCCAGGAACCACCGGAGGUGAUGAUAUCAAUGCCAAUGAGACUAAUGGGGGACAGGGUGGUGCAAUGGAACCCCUUUUAGACAAUCGUCCACUUCUUCCAAAGGUGUCAUCAAAGCACCGGGACAUGAAUGGCGGGGGUGAGGAAUCACCAAAGAUGACGGUUAUUCAGGACAAAGACUUCAUCCUCGAUUGCCUAUGCUGGCACAACGAAUACCGAGCUCGUCACGCGGCGCCGGCUCUCUCCGUCUCAACAGAGCUCUGCGAAUGGGCACAAAAUUGGGCAAAUCAUCUGGCGAGUACGAAUGAAUUCUACUACAGAUCAGACAAGAAUUUGGGGCAGAAUCUCUUCUGUUGUCCCGUCAGUGCUCUCGUGACGGAUCUCACGGGACAAGAGGUGGCAUCCUACUGGUACAGCACCGUCCGACGCUACAACUACUUCAAGGAACCUCGACUACUGCACACCAAUGUCAAUGCUGGACACUUCACACAGAUAGUUUGGCGUAGCAGUCGAUACUUUGGAGUGGGCAAAGCCACCUCAAAGACAGGUAAAAUCUUCGUGGUGGCUAAUUACUUUCCACCUGGAAACGUUGUUGGUGCUUUCCAGCAGAAUGUUUUACCACCAAUAAUGGAUCAAGAGGGUGCUGCCGCAUCAGGCAGUGAUGCAGACAACAACCCCAUUGUGUCGAUCCUCAAGUCCGGCAAUAGCGGAUGCAACUGAGUACACUACAAACGGAGGCGCUGGAGGAUGAUGGGAGGGAUCACGCGGUGGCCUAGAAGAGUUAUAUUUUUGAUAAAGUUUAGAAUCAGGCGUCUCUCACAGCUGUUCUAAAGAACUCUGUGGUUAUUCUGCUCAUCCGCCGGAGGUCAGCGUGGGAGGCAAGCGCACAAGAAGUUAAGUGCAGUGAAUGACAUUUUAUGAAAUAUUUUCUUUUCUGUGUAGAAAAAAUUGGCAAAAUAUGAGGGUGGAAAAUUGUGAUGACAGGGAUUAAUUGAAUGGCAGUGAAGUAGAAAAAAAAGCACUCGUGAAUGAUUUAGGAGCGAAUUUGUAGAGAAAUUAUUAUCUUAAUUAUAUACUCGGAGGGAGAAAUUGGAAAGACAAAAAAAGC